UAAACAAAACAUCAUUUACCAUCACAAUUCAAUACACAAGAAUAUCGAAGAUGGACUCCCAAAAUGCAAGCUACAACGCUGGUCAAGCUAAGGGCCAAGCUCAGGAAAAGGCUAGCAACAUGAUGGACAAGGCUAGCGAUGCUGCUCAUUCUGCUCAAGAUUCUAUGCAAGAGGGUGGACAACAAAUGAAGGAAAAGGCACAAGGAGCUGCUGAUGGUAUCAAGAAUGCUUUGAAUUCAAAUAACUAAUAAAACUAAAUGGAUGGUUAACUAUGCUAAACUUCCUUUCUUUCACGAGAAUAAACCUUGUUCCUGCUCAUCCACAUAUUUUGCAGAAACAUGAUUUUACCUUUUAUUUUUGAUAUGUAUUCAUCUGAUUACUAUUUAUAGAAGCAUUGAAUUUUAUUUCAAAUGUAACCAUUUUUCUUUGAUGUAGGAAACCAAUUUC